ACCCAUCACGCAUCUCCCUUACUAGACAAAGAAAGAGACAUUCCAAUGGCAUACAACCCGAACUAUCAGCAGCAACCCUACGGCCAGCAAGGCUAUCAACAGCAGCAGCAGCAGCAGCAGCAGCACGGUCAACAGGCCCAAGCAGGAUAUGGUGGCUACCAGGCCCAGCCUCCAGCCCCAGCACAGACACCUGAGGUCAGCCUUCGGUACUGGUUCGACGCUGUGGACUCGGACCGCUCAGGUCAAUUGAGCACUGAGGAGCUGCAGCGUGCGCUUAUCAAUGGCGAUUGGAGCCCUUUCAAUAUCGAGACCGUUCGUCUUAUGAUGAACAUGUUUGAUACUGAUAACUCGGGUCUGAUCACCUUCCCCGAGUUUGCAGGGCUAUGGAAGUACAUCGAGGACUGGCGCACUUGCUUCCAGGCGUAUGACCAAGACAAGAGUGGCUACAUUGACUUUAACGAACUCAAGACCGCUAUGCGCUCAUUUGGCUACAACCUCUCAGACCGUUUUCUGCAACUGAUCAUCAAGAAGUACGACAAGCGGGGUAAAAACCCUGAAGGUCGUGGCGAUGUCUCUUUCGACAAUUUUGUUCAGAUUGCUGUUACUGUCAAGAGUCUUACGGAUGCCUUCAAGAGGAUUGACCGCGAAGGCAAGGGCUAUGCAACCAUUGCUUAUGAGCAGUUCUUGGAGCUUGUCGUUAGCAACCGCUAAGCAUUUUUAAUCUCUGCACUCGAUGGUAUUCUAUUUGCACUUAGCACGCUAUCCAUUAGGAACACGUCAAUAUGGAUGAAUAAACC